CACUGCAGCGGUGUUUGCACUAUUCCUAUUAUUUUUGUGUUAGAAUGUAGAAUUUAUACUGAAUAUAUAACCAAUUAUAAUUUUAAACUAAAACAUAGAGAAUAAAAAACAAUAUGUGGUCUAUAAUAAUUUUAGUAAUAUUCUCAAUUAUUGCUUUUCUGAUUACCGAUGAAUUGAUACCCAAUUUGAAGGAAUUGUUCAUAAAAGCUGGUUUAGGUGGCAUAGAUUUAUGUAAAACUAGCAAGGAGAAAAUUCCUGAAGCAUUGGGAGUAGUCUCAGGAUGUGUUUUUCUGGUGACAUGUUUCUUAUUCAUUCCUAUAGUUUUUGGCAACAGCCUUAUGGACACUGCAAAUUUCCCUCAUAACGAAUUUGCAGAGUUGUUAGCAGCCCUCCUGUCCAUAUGCUGUAUGCUGCUGCUAGGGUUUGCAGAUGAUGUGUUGGACCUGCGGUGGCGCUACAAGUUACUGCUGCCCACUAUAGCAUCCCUGCCUUUGCUGGUGGUCUACUAUGUCAAUUUUAACUCCACUACAUUUAUUGUGCCAAUGCCUUUGAGGCAAUGGCUCGGGGUAUCAAUUAAUAUUGGAUUUCUCUACUACAUCUACAUGGGAAUGUUGGCAGUAUUCUGCACAAACGCCAUCAACAUCCUAGCUGGAAUCAACGGCCUGGAGGUUGGCCAGUCCGUGGUCAUCGCCAUCUCCAUCAUCAUCUUUGACAUCAUCGAGUUGAGGGGAGACCAGUACAAGGCCCACACAUUCUCACUACAUAUCAUGAUCCCUUACUUGACUACUGCACUAGCAUUGCUGAAGCACAAUUGGUACCCGUCCCGAGUGUUCGUCGGCGACACGUUUUGCUACGUCUCCGGCAUGACCUUCGCCGUCGUCGCCAUCCUGAGCCACUUCAGCAAGACAGUCAUCCUCUUCUUCAUACCACAAGUCAUCAAUUUCCUCUACUCAGUACCACAGCUUUUCCGUUUCAUACCCUGCCCCCGCCAUCGCCUCCCUAAAUACAGCGCUGAACUAGAUUUACUGCAACCUAGUAGAACUGUCAUAGUUAAAAAAGAAAUGAAACUAUUAGACUCUUUGAUGCUUGAAAUCUUAACUGUGCUACGCUUAGUAGAUAGAAGAGAAGACAAUGAAAGCAUAACUAUAAACAAUUUGACUUUAAUAAAUUUCUUUUUAAUCAAACUUGGGCCUAUGUCGGAGGUUAGAUUGACGACAAAGUUGAUGCUCUUCCAAGUUUUAUGCACUUGUAUCGCAUUUUUAAUAAGAUAUCCGUUGGCGUCAUAUUUUUAUGACACGUAGUUAGGUAAGCAUAUUUCCAUUUAGUUUUAAGGUAGAUAAAUACUAAAUGAAUGUUUUACAAGUGUUGUUUUCGUUGCGUUAUUUAUAUUUUAUGAAUAUAUUUUGUCAUGUAACUAAACUAAGAAUUUAUAGUUAAACUGAUCACAAUCGUCGAAACAGUUGACUAAUCAUAUUUGAACCUUAUUACUAAUGCCAUACGGUCCACUAGUAAAUAGUCAAUGGUGUGUGUAACUGUACAGUCAGCAUCAUUAGUAGCUGUUUGAAACUAUGUGCCAAAAGUAUCUGCCACCCUCUAUUAGAGCCAGCCAGCUUUUCAGAAUGGAGAUAAAACUACAGUUUUCGUUCACACGUAUUUUCUAGUCUAAUUUAUCACUACACGUGCGAAGCCGAGGCGGGUCGCUAGUUCUACUUAAUAUAAAAUACACGACUUAACAAAAAUAGAUAUGACUUCUAUUUUUGUUAAGCUUUUUCAGAACUACCGAUACUUUUGACGCAUUUGACGCUUUUGACUUUUGAUGGUUACUGUAGUAACAGCAACACUCUUAUCUGACCUCGAUGUACCUUAUGUCUUUGUAAUAAGGUUCACAUUGUCAGUUGACAAUGGAUUCGCAUUCUGGCAAUCACGUUGUGUAUAAAUGGGUGAAAAUUGCCUUGCCAAAUGAAGAAAUCAUUAAUCCUUGUAUGAUCUGAUGAAAUGUUCAAAGAGAUAGAUUAUCUACAAGUUAAAAUAUUAGGCAUGUAAAAUAUUCCGUAUUGACCGAUUUGAGAUAAAUAUUAACAAAAGUAAAGAUGUUUUUUAUACACCCCGGAUACUAAAAUUUUCUAUACAAAAUUAAGUAAUUUAGGCAGUAGAUUGGCCAAUGGAACAGUCAUUUUAUUAUCUGGGAUAUAAAAAUAUACCAAAAAAAAUAACAUGAAAAAC